UGGGAGGUGGAUAGGGUCAGAGACCCGGAUCUGCCUAACAAGAAUCCCCCUAAUUCCAGCCAGGACCCUCUCCUUCCCCCCAUUCCCCUGUCCAUCCAUCCAGCAGGGAGGAUGAGGAGGGUACGGGUGAAUGCUGCUGCUCUGCUGACUGUCGCCUGGAUCCUGGGCAUGUUCUACUACUUGUGGCAGGACAACAAACCACAUCCCCAACCCCUCAGCAGCAACACCAGAGAGCAUCGAGCUGUCAGGCCUGAACCCCAACCUGAAGCUGAGGUUGGAGCCCUCAGACAGGGCAGGAACAGCCUGCAAGAGGUAACCAAGGCACUUCAGCUGGAUAGAGAUAAACUUCAGGCCUUUGAUGAGAAGGCCUACCUCUCCAGCAAACUCCUGAAGCCUGGAGAUGAUCCUUAUGGGCAUCAUGCAUUCAACCAGCAGGAGAGUGACAAACUCGCCAGUGACAGGGCGAUCCGUGACACCAGGCAUUACAGAUGCCCCUCCAUUCAGUACAACCAGGACUUGCCAGUGACAAGUGUCGUCAUCACCUUCCACAACGAGGCUCGCUCCACGCUGCUCCGUACGGUGAAAAGUAUUCUGAACCGCAGUCCCCCUAAACUAAUCCAGGAAAUCAUUCUCGUGGAUGACUUCAGCAGCGAUCCUGAGGACUGCGAGCUCUUAAUGAAGAUUCCCAAAGUGAAGUGUUUGAGGAACAUGAAGCGGGAAGGGUUAAUCCGGUCAAGGGUGAAGGGAGCUGAUGCCGCUACUGCAGAGGUUCUAACCUUCCUUGACAGUCACUGUGAGGUAAACAAGGACUGGCUACAACCGCUCUUGCAAAGAGUUAAUGAGGAUUACACUCGUGUGGCGAGUCCCAUCAUUGACGUCAUAAGCCUGGACAACUUUGCUUAUCUGGCUGCAUCUGCUGAUCUGAGAGGAGGAUUUGACUGGAGUUUGCAUUUUAAAUGGGAGCAAAUGCCUAUUGAACAGAAGAUGGUACGGUCGGACCCAACUAAGUCAAUACGGACCCCAGUUAUUGCCGGAGGGAUCUUUGUCAUUAGUAAAUCCUGGUUUAACUACCUUGGAAAAUAUGACACGCAGAUGGACAUUUGGGGUGGUGAAAAUUUUGAGCUGUCUUUCCGUGUCUGGAUGUGUGGAGGAAGUUUGGAGAUUGUCCCUUGCAGCCGGGUGGGGCAUGUCUUUCGCAAGCGGCACCCAUACAGCUUCCCUGAGGGUAAUGCGCUCACUUACAUAAGGAACACCAAACGCACUGUGGAGGUCUGGAUGGAUGACUAUAAACAAUACUACUAUGAAGCCAGGCCCUCAGCUGUUGGAAAGGCCUAUGGAAAUAUUGCAGAUCGAGUGCAGCUACGGAAGAAGCUACAGUGCAAGUCCUUUCAGUGGUACCUAGAGAAUGUCUAUCCUGAGCUGAGAAUCCCAGAAAAGGAAAUGUCUGAAACGGUUGUGAUGAGACAGAGAGGAAAAUGCAUGCAAUCUCAAGAUCCUUACAAAAUGGGAAAUAUCAUCAUCAGCCUGGGGCAAUGCUCAGAGAUGCAAAGCAACAUCCCCUACAGCCAGGAAUGGGUGUUUUCUGGACCAUUAAUCAAGCAGCAGGACAAGUGUGUGGCGAUUACAAACUUCUCCAUAGGUUCGCAGGUUGUACUGGAACUGUGCAAUCGGGAGGAUGGCAGACAGAAAUGGAAGUUGAAGGGAUCAGCCAUUCAGCACCUCAUAACUGGCGCUUGCCUGGACAGCCAAGCAGCCAAGACCGAUGGCAAUCGGGUGGGGACCACACCCUGUCGCCCUGAGCUCAACAGCCAACAGUGGGAGCGGCUACAGGUUACGUGACACCGGAAGCCAUGCGUCUCCUACCCCCACUAAA